AUGGCAAAAGGGAAAAUGAACAAUUCCCGACCUCCUGAACCCCGCACCUUAGCAGUUCCCCUUAAUCAAUCGGGAUCAGGAGAUGAUACACCUUCCCAACAACCUACUAAGGAGGAAACCCCUGAACGAACCCAUCAAACACCUGCGGGAAAUGAAAACAGUCACUUACUGGAGUCGUCUGCUUCUGACAACCAAAACCCCGACACUGCUGCCCUACGAGAAGAAAUACGCAAGAAAGAGGAGGAAUAUGUCCGCUUAAAACUACAACGAAGAGACAAAGAGCUAGACGAGCUCAUUGCUGCAGAGCGAGCCAAGCUGGAAAGGGCCACACAACCGCAAGGACAACCGGAAAAUAAAGUGCAAGUUGUGUGGUCACGUGAUGAAACGACCGAGGUUACGAACCCUGUGGGCAAUGCAGCCAUACCACCAAGCCGGCCAGCAAUGACGGACCUAUAUGAGGGACGGGAUAUGACGGAAUACCGCACCUUUCUAGCCCGAACCAGAAACCACUUUAUUAGAAACAGCUAUUACUUUACAAACGAUGCGGUAAAAGUGGCUGACGGCGCGUCCUACCUCUCUUCAAACUUACUCCUACUAUGGGAGGAAUAUCACGAAGAGUUGCGGACACCACCUAACUGGGAAGAAUUCACCACCUUCCUACUUCACCAGCUAAAUGAUCCAACUCAUGUCUUGCGGGAAGCCAAGCUUAAAUAUCAAAAUGCUAAACGAAAACCAGAGGACUCCGUGCGGGAAGCCAAUCUUAAAUAUCAAACUGCUAGACAAAGACCAGAGGAUUCCGUGCGGGAAUUUGUGCGCUAUAUAAGUAAAUGGGAAUCUCAAUUGCCCGAGCCCUAUACAGAGCGCCAGCGCAAAGAUCACCUGCGGGCAAGUAUAUUAGAUGAGAUUCGCAUAGAGUCAUUAAAAUAUCCCAACGAACCCGAUACCUACGAUGGAUACGUGGCACACCUACAAACAAUCGAAGACCAAAUCCCGAGCCGAGGAAUCCAACUUACUGCAGCUAGGAAGAACUCGCGGGGUUCGAAUCAGCAGAAUACAAGAGAUAACCGCAGUUUUGCACCACAGGUGAAUAUCAGGGGGGCCUUUGCGAGCCGAUCCCGUGGAAGUUUUAGAGGCAGAGGAGGAAAUGCAUGGGGAAAUGCGGGACAGAACUACAAGAAGAGGGAAUUCUCCGCAACAUUUGAUAAGAACCAGUGUGCAAAUUGUGGAGCUUACGGCCACUGGACUGGAAACUGCCUGAAACCCCCGCAAAAGAGACAACACUCCGAGGGUCAAGACAUGUGUCGACGGCGUCUAGUGCGGCAAUUCCUCAACCGUGGGGUGCAGGGUCGAGAACUAUACGAUACACGCGCACAAUUGGCCCCUCUCCAGCCAAGUGAAUCCCAGAUUGAAACCAUCCUUCGCCCACUGCGUCUGGAGUCCUUCCAUCGCUUCGCUGUGUUCACAACUAUUGAAGAAGGAGGCCUCUGGAGUAGUGGUGCAUUUGGGAAGAAUUCUCUUAUUUUCAAUGAUAAAGAGUUAUUUCAAACUGCCGACCUAGCUGGGAUGCUAGACAUCUUCCCAGAACGUGUUACAAAUAGCUGGGCCGUUGAGAAUGUGGCCAAACGAGAAUGGGCAUUGUCCCGAAUCUUAGGACAUGCGAAAGCAAGUGAGGCCGAUGCGGAAUGGGUUGAAGCGAAAGCAAGUUGA